GAUUUGAGACAACUGUGAUUUCCCUCCUUGACACUUUUGAAAGGAUCCCAGACACCCUUCUGUAUCUAUGAGCAGUGGCUGCUCAGAGAGAGACAUGAUUUGAGAGGAUAAUCAAAAGAAGGGAAGCCCAAGGUAGAGAGAGGUACAUUGGAUAUGCAGGAAGUGGGAGCGCCGUCCCGUGGUGAUUAGUUGGGGCAGUUCCAUGGCUAGAUUUAUGGCACGCAGUUGUUGAACGCCUGACAGACAUCCGAGGCAAGGGCUCCACCGCUGCUACCCCUUUUACUGCUGCUUCAGAGGAGCUCUGUUUGCUACCGGAGAAGAAGCUCUGUCUCAGCACACAAAGCAGAUGGUGAGGGAGCAGUAUGUCACCACCACCCAGGACAGCAGUGUCCCUGCCCCGGUCCCUGACUCCAUCUAUAAGAUCGGGAUCUACGGUUGGAGGAAGCGCUGCCUCUACCUGUUUGUCCUGCUGCUCAUCAUCAUCCUCACCGUGAACUUUGCCCUCACCAUAUGGAUCCUCCGGGUCAUGUGGUUAAACACAGAAGGGAUGGGACAUCUAAAAGUAACAGCGGAGGGAGUGAGGCUUGAGGACGGCAAGUCAGAGUUCCUCUUUCCUCUCUACGCCCAAGAGAUCCACUCCAGAGAGGACUCCUCUCUCCUGGUGCACUCAUCUGAAAACGUCACUCUCAAUGCCCGCAAUGAAAAUAAUGAUGUCACAGGAAGUCUCUCCGUAGGUCCAGAUGUGGCCCAGGGAAAUGCACCAAAUUUUGUCAUCAGCUCCAACACCAAGACGCUGUUUUCUGCAGAUGACAAAGAGGUGGUUGUUGGAACAGACAAACUCCGUGUUACAGGUCCAGAAGGUGCCCUGUUUGAACACUCUGUAGAGACGCCCCUGCUCAAAACUGAGCCCUUCAAAGACUUGAGGCUGGAGUCUCCAACCCGCUCUCUCAGCAUGGAUGCACCAAAGGGAGUCUUUGUCAAAGCACUGGCCGGGAACAUCGAAGCGUCAUCUAACAUGGAUAUUCUAUUGCACUCCAGUGAAGGACUGGUGAUUCUGGAUGCCGAGACGGUGCGUCUGCCGAGUCUCCCCCUGGGACACGGAGGGGUGUCUGGAAACGCUCAGGGACUCUACGAAGUGUGUGUCUGUCCUAGCGGAAAGCUGUUCCUGUCCAAGGCCGGGGUCACCUCCAUGUGCAGCGAAAGCCAAGAGUGCUAGCGAGUGUCUUUGCCAUCAGAUUAUACCAUAGUGAAUGAAAAUGCCUUUAAAUUGGGUACUCUGAAACACUUUCAUAUUAAGCAAAAAAACAAUCACAACUUUUCAAUUCUGAACAAAACUGCUGGUUGAACUGUAGACAUAUCCUCCUAAGUAAUAUAUCUAUGGUGCAUUUUAUUGAUGAAAGUUACAUUUGAGACUAUUUUACUAUGUAACUGAAACAGUGACAUGACAACUUUAUACCACAUGAAUAAGUGGCUUACUCCUGCAAUAUAGUUGUUGAUACCAUCUUAUGUUUACACUGAGUUGAGAUUGUUUAUUUUAUAAUUACGGUAUUAUGGCUGGGCAAUGAGGAGCUGGUUAACAGAUUACAUCCUAUGCAAUAUGUUUUUGUGGUGCAAUAAUAUAGGUAUUUAUGUGGGCCCGGUUUCCUGGACCCAGGUGAAGCUUAGUCCACAAUGGACAAUCUCCCAAUGAAAGUGAUGUUUAGUGUAGGCUUAAUCUGGGUCCGGGAAACCGGCCUGUAGUGUAUUAAUGUAGGGCAAAUGGAGAGAAAAGGAUGAUAUGAUCUAGUCUGUAGAUACACUGAGUAUACCAAACAUUAGGAACACCUUCCUAAUAUUGAGAACAGCCUCAUGGUGUCAACUGUUCCACAGGGAUGCUGGCCCAUGUUUACUCCAAUGUUUCCCACAGUUGUGUCAAGUUGGCUGGAUGUCCUUUGG